AAAUAGUGAAAGCAUCUCCGGGCCCCCCUUGUUGCUAGCCGCCUCACCCUCCACUACCCAACUGGAACAGCGUCUUCAGUGCCCGAGCUCUUUACCAUGGCAAACUCUGCUCCACCAUGGCAACAGUGUUUCUCUUCACACCUGCUGCUUCAGGUGAUCACAAGACCCCCCCGACCUGACCAACUGUCACUGCAGGCAGAGUCCAGGCUGUAGACCCUACAGAGUCAAUCAGAUCGGUUAUCAUGAAACUUGUUGCAGGUCUCGUGCUGAUGCUGGUAAAUGUGAAUCUGAGCCAGUCGUGUUUCGGAGCUGUAAACGUUUUAUUAUGCCAGGAGAUGCCAACAGUUUUCCCUCCCGGUAUAUCCAAUCUGGCCUUUUCUCUGAACGGCGUUGGGGAGAUAAACUCCACUGUGUUACGCAGUGAGAGCCUCACCUCUGUAACACACCUCCAGAUAGAGAAAUCAGGAAUCACAGGAAUCGCUGAAGGCGCCUUCAGUUCUUUCGAGAACCUCACAAAUCUCAAUUUGAACAAGAACUUGCUGACCGAGAUCAACCCAAAGUGGUUGGGUGGUCCUCAUAUUCUCAUAAACCUCAGCCUCGCAGAAAACCAGAUAGAAGCUCUGAAUGAGUCCAUGCUGCACGGUCUCGAUAGCCUCGUGAGGCUCAGUCUGAAUAAGAACAAGAUCAGAACCAUCCAUCAAAAUACGUUCAGCUCUAACUCCGUCCUGGCUGAGUUGGACCUGUCUGGGAACAGGAUGACUUGGGUGUCCCCUCAGGUCUUCCAGUCCCUCAGUUCCACCCGGGUCAGACUGGACGGGAACCCCUGGAACUGUUCCUGCGGGGCUGGAGACUUUGUGGACUUCCUGAAAGAUCUGCAGAACAGAUCUCUGCUGGACAGACAGAUGGACGUGACCUGUGAGAGUCCUCCGUCUCUGAGGGGUCAGCGAGUGUGGAACGUGUCUGUGUGUGUGAUGCCCCCCCCACCACCAACAGCGCCUGUAACUCCAACCUUCAAACCCUCUACCAUCCUCACAUCAGGCCACACAUCCACAUCUGCAAACGUUGUAACAAUAUCUCCAUCAGAGACACUAACCUCUCUACAACCCAAACCCACUGACGCACCCACAUUAAUGUCCUCACACACCGCAUCACAUCCACAACGACAUCCAUCAGAGACACAAACCUCCGUCCAACCUGAACCCACCACGGUCGCUUCAACUACUUUAAAGUCUGAUUCAUUUACAACUCGUGUGACAUCAGCUACAUCAGUGACAGAGUUCUCUCUCCAUCCUAAACCCUCUGAUCCCUCCACAAUGACCCCUACACCUACUUCUACACCUACACCCACUCGUACUUGCGUGACACCCCAACCAACAGCUACAAACAUGGUGUGCACACUCUUUGUUGUGAUAGUGGUCCUGGUGCUGCUCCUGUUUGCGCUGUGUUUCCUGAUAGUUCUGCACAGGAGGAAACGCAGCAACAAAAGCGUGAUGCCCAUCAGUCCAGAAGAAAACAGGGACGAGUUAAGAGAAGACAGCAGAUCUCCGUCUCCGGGACACUCUGAGAAAACAGAAAUCAGCCGGUGGGACUCAGAGACGGGAUGGAGGAGAUCCUUCACUGGAGUCAGAGCUAAGUCAGCAAAUGCUAUUCUCUUUGUGUCUCCUUCCUGUACUCCUGGGAAAGAUCAAGUGACUUUACAAACUGAGGCUCAGACAACUGACACAGAAAACCAAGCGGAAGUGAAGCCGAAGCAGGGAGAGCACACCGGAGUAGACGGAGAAAGUGAGACAGAAAAUCCCACAAAUGAAGCCAAUGCUGUUGUGGAUCUAGAUGAAACCCUGCACUGUGUGUCUACACACACUGACACUGCACCUUAUCUGAGCAUUGGUACAGUCCAGAAUAAACCAACUUCUGAGGACUUUAACAAACAGGACACUGAUGCAGGUCAAAGGUCACAGAGAGGAAGAGUGAUAGGGAGGAUCUCCACCUGGCCUCCAACUGCAAGUCAGUGGCAGGCAAGGUGUAAAAUGAAGGAGGAGGAGGGGUCUGAAGAGUUCACUGACUGGACACUGGCGUUUUCAGGUGAGGUGGUGAAAGGGUUAAAGAAAGAGCAGCAUCCCUUUGCUUCUGAUCAGGAUAAACAGGAAGAGGAAAUGGAGAAAAAUCAAGAUGAUCUCUUAGAAAUUAGCGUGGCUCACACGACAUCUCAGGCCUUACAACAAAACAAUGAGACCCUCUCUCUCAGUGAGGACCUUUCCCAUGCUGACAGGCUAGAAGGGCAGCUGAAGCAGGAGGAGGGGAUCCAGGAUCUUGCAAACCUGACUCAAAAUCUGAAUCGGGCUCCAAACCAAGAUCAGACAUCUGCACGAAAUGCUGAAAGCAAGAGCCGCAAGACGAGGAGCGAAGCGAGCAGGCAGAGGGUGACGAAGGCUCCCUUCGGUGGAGCCUCGCCCGAUGAUGAGACUCUGCUGUCGGGCAACCAGUACGCCUUCAUGGACCUCCUGCACGAGGUGUCCCAGAACCACGGCCGCACCACCAGAGACCGGUGGAGGCAGAUCCACGUCACCAAGCAGCGGCAGAGGGGCCGAGGGGCCGAGGAUGAACACAUACCUGACAUCAAAUAGCGUCGAUUCAUUGUCACUCUUAUAAUGACUAUUUCACCUCAAGCAGUUAAACAUGAUUUUUGUCAGCAAUUGAAGGUAUCAUUUUAUAUUAGGGAUAAAUAAUCAUUUGCUUUUUUUUGGCGAGAAGAUGAAUAGAUAAAUACAACUCUGUCUAAUUAAGGGAUUUUGUUUUUCGCCCCCUCAAAUUUGUAGAUUUCUUGUAUUAUCUGCUAUAUAUCAUAUUUAACUGAAUAUUUUGGGGUUUUAGACUGACAAGACAACAUUUAAAGACCUAGGCAUUUGAGAAACUGGUAUGGAAUUAUAUUACUGUUUCACAUUUUAGUUGAAAAGACAAAAAAAUAAAUGACGGUUAAAACCUACAGGCGUGAGAUAUACUGACUGUCAGGUUGGGUGUAGUUCCAAGAAAUCCCACACUUUCCCUAAUUUAACAGAGCCUUUAACAUUAGGAACCCCAACACAUGUUUAUAUAUUUUAAACACAUUAACAUUACCUGCUAGUGUAGUUUCAAUGUAAUCAUUGUUCAUCAUUCAAUCACUGCUUUAGACCCUCAAAAUGUGUACAUUUCUUGUUUUACAUCAUAUUUAACUGAAUAUGUUUGUGUUUUUUAACUGACAAAACCACACAUUUAAAUAAAUCACCUCAGCCUUUGAGAAAUUGGCAUGAAAUGAUUUUACGGUUACACAUUUAAGUUUAAAAAAGUCAAAUGAUUUACUUCACCUGCUUCUGUAGUUUGAAUGUAACUAUUGUAACACUUUAUUCUCAGAUAGUCUUAUUAUAUAAUACUUAUUCUGUUUUAAUAUCACCGAUACAAUUAAACUACAAAUCAUUUACAUGUGAUUGUACUCAUAUUCACCAUUCAAGUUCAAUUUAUGGCCAAAUAAAAACAACUUUCCAUUCCUCGUAUCUGGCUGCAUGCAGCGUUUAUUUGUUCAUAUUUUAUACGUCGAGAAGAACACUUGCUUCCCAUAAGAAAUAGUACAAAAUGGAUCAACCCCUUUUUGACGACGACUUGAGAACAUACAGUUGGAGGUAAACAUAAUACGUAGGCUUCUUGAUAACACCUGGACACAACAUGCAUGUUCCAUUCAUAUAAAUACACAGUAUCAAAUAAUGGCUCCAACUUGCAAGCAGUUGACUGGAUUAUGGGGUUCCUAGUCUUGGGACGUGUCUCUAAAUAUACAAAAUGUAUCGUUCUUGGCAAGCUUGUAUAUCAAAACAUGCUGUUGAGUGUUUGCAUGCCCCCUCGUGGUAUUUUUAAGUAGGAGUGUAGAGAUUUUUCAGGCGUGAGGAGAGAGGAAGACGUUAAUGGAUGGAUCAGCUGUAUCUUCCAUCGUGGACGCUCACACUCCUCCGCUCUCCUGCUCUGUAAACUGACACUGCUGACACAUAUCAGCAGUACAUUUCAAAUGGGGCAAAACACAUACAGGUCAACAUAAAAAAAAAGCAGAUUGCUCAAAAGCAACACAAAACAAAUCCAUCUGAGAUUACUUCACUUCUUUAACAUAUAAAUAAGAAUGGCACUCAACCAAAUACGCUUUUUCAAACAUCUGCAAAGAUGAAUCGCACCACAGGAAUGCUUGAAUACUCCACUGUGUCGUACAGAUUCAGAUUAAAGGGUCAUGCUGUUCUGCUCUUCACGUCCCCAGAGAGCUUAGUGCAAAAAUACUUAAAGUCCUCUCUCACUUCGAUCACACGGAAGAGACCGAAACAAAACGGCAAAAACAAUGGAUAUAUAAGGUUACUAUUUACAGAGAACCAAACA